CGGGGAGGGCGGGGUGGUGGUGAACGUGACCUUUCCGGUGGUCAGCCAGCCGGUGCGCAACACGGCCACGAAGGAAGCGACGCCCGUGCGGAGUGUGCUGAGAGGCUGCUGUACACCGCCCACGGGGCGGCGGUCAGCUUCGAGGAGGAACUGGCCAAUGCGCGCCCGAAUCUGCAGCGCACGCUGAUCCGCGACGGCUGGCAGUGCGACAAGGCCAAUGUGCUGAAGGACGGGCAGUGUGUGCCCUGCAGUCCCGGCACGUUCUUCCAGGACAACGACUGCGUCCGGUGUCCAUUGGGACAGUUCCAGGACGAAUGGGCGCAACUGCGCUGCAAGCCCUGCCCCCACUCGACCACCUUGACCACCGGCGCCACCGCCCCCGGCGACUGCAAGCCCCUGUGCCCCCCCGGCACCGCCUUCAACCUCUCCUCUGCCCGCUGCGCCCCCUGCGCCGCGGGCUCCUUCCAGCCGCGUCCCGGCCAAUUCGCCUGUCUCCCGUGUCCCCCCGGGAUGACCACGCUGAACAGCAGCGCCACCUCCGCCGCCGAGUGUGUCGCCGACUGCCCCCCGGGGCGGGAGUUGGCGGCGGAGGGGUGUCGCGAGUGUCCAAGGGGCUUAUUCAGGGAACGGGGAACACGCCCCGUGUGUGUCGGAUGUCCGACGGGAUUCUCGACGGUCAUGAACGGGACUGUGGAUCCCCGCGAGUGCAGUGUGCCGUUGUGCGGGCCGGGCUCCUUCCUGGACGUGGCGGGCGGUGGCUGCGUGAUUUGUCCCUUCGGCUUCUAUCAGCCGCUGCCGGAACAGACCGGCUGUCUGCAGUGUCCCGAGGACACCACCACGCUGCGAUAUGGCGCCACCUCCAUCGACCGGUGUGUGUCGACGAACAAGUGCGCCAACGGGCAGGUGACGUGCCACCCCAACGCGCACUGCUUCCGCAACGGCGACGGCUUCAAGUGUUUGUGCAAGCCGGGAUUCCGCGGCGACGGCAUGGAGAAUUGUGACGACAUGUGCGACGAUUACUGCUUCAAUUCGGGUAAAUGCAGUAAAGACAGCCGCGGCCAGCCGGUGUGUAGCUGCCCGUCGACGUUCUACGGCGAACGCUGCCAGUCCAAGUCGGAGGCGGCAUAUAUAGCCGGGGGCGUGGCCGGCGCCGUCCUUGUAACCAUCCUGAUCAUCCUGCUGGUGUGGAUGAUCUGCGUGCGGGCCAGGAACCGCCGCUGCAAACAGUCGCCUUCCCAGAUGUGCCACGAGAAGGCCGCCUAUCCCUACGCCAACGACCCGCACGGAAUGGCGCUCUACGCCAUCGAGUACCCGCCCUCCUGCAGCACCACCGCCACGCUGCGUUCCCAGAAUGUGGGCGGACACGGCGGGGUGGGCUAUUUCGACGAGAUGGAGGAGACGCACGGUUGGGAUGUCAGCGGACUGGUCGGCUUCAACGGGAAGAGCUUGCUGAUGACGGACGGGCAGCUGGCGAGCAUCGUGCAGUCGAAGAGCGCGGAGACGGGCGGGACGGUGACGCCGGUGGAGCAGCGCGAACGCAGUCUGUACGAGAACGUCCAGCGGCACACCACGACGCGCCGCAUGCACGACAUGCCGCCCGUGCCGCUGCCGGCCCGGGGCGGCGAGGACCUGCGCCAUCCCGAAUACACCGCCCGAUUGUAGCCGUCCUCUUUUGUUAACGCAGAGUUCUUUUCUAUUCGUUGCAAACGUUAUUGAACAGUUAGACGCGUUUAAUUAUUACCUAGUUUACUUCUUAAUAUUAUCUGUACAUUGUGUGAUAGGUAUUGUUUAUCCCAUCGCAAAUAUGAUUAUUGAGAAAUUAAGUGAAGAUAGUUUUAUGAGCAAUAUUCGA